AAUACCGCUGCUUUCGUAUCCGAGAAGCAACGCGUGAUGCGCAAUAGAAUCAAGUAAAAAUGGCUGCUUGUGGAGGGGGAAUGGAGUUUUUCCGAGCUGUCUGAUUCACAUCGUGGCGGCGCUGGACCUGUUUUCAGUCAAAAAUUUUUCGUUUUGUUCUGCUUGGUAUUACAGCGUGGUGCUUGGCCAGGGCCAGUAGCAAGCCUGUGAGUGAGGCAGGAGUCCGCAGCGGCGUCCAGAGGUCUCUUCUGCACGCAAGCCCUACUUCCCAGGGACUCGCUAUCCGCGAACCCACUCUAUACCGACCAGCAAUGGCAUUGCCCAGCAGGGCGAGGGUCUACGCAGACGUCAACAAUCACAAGCCUAGGGAGUACUGGGACUAUGAGAGCUAUGUGGUUGAUUGGGGGGUGCAAGACGACUUCCAAAUAGUGAGAAAACUAGGACGAGGAAAGUACUCGGAGGUGUUUGAGGCCAUUAACAUAACAAACAAUGAAAAGUGUGUUGUCAAAAUUUUAAAGCCAGUCAAAAAGAAGAAGAUCAAACGAGAAAUAAAGAUCUUGGAAAACCUGAGGGGAGGAACCAACAUUAUUUCAUUGCAGGCUGUAGUAAAAGAUCCUGUCUCGAGAACACCAGCACUUAUAUUUGAGCAUGUCAACAACACAGACUUCAAGGCACUGUACCAGACUCUCACAGACUACGACAUUCGCUACUACCUCUACGAACUGUUGAAGGCUCUAGAUUACUGCCACUCUAUGGGCGUAAUGCACCGCGAUGUCAAGCCUCACAACGUGAUGAUUGACCAUGAAGCUCGCAAACUGAGGCUGAUCGACUGGGGCCUUGCAGAGUUUUACCACCCAGGCCAGGAGUACAACGUGCGAGUAGCCUCUCGGUACUUCAAGGGCCCAGAACUGUUAGUGGACUACCAGAUGUACGACUACUCGUUAGACAUGUGGUCCCUGGGAUGCAUGCUGGCCUCCAUGAUUUUCCGCAAAGAGCCUUUCUUCCAUGGCCACGACAACUAUGAUCAGCUGGUGCGCAUCGCCAAAGUGCUGGGCACUGAGGAGUUGUUUGAGUACCUUGACAAGUACCAUGUAGAGCUUGACCCGCGCUUCAACGACAUUCUUGGCAGACACUCUAGGAAGCGCUGGGAGCGCUUUGUGCACUCUGAAAACCAGCAUCUCGUGUCUGCGGAGGCACUUGACUUCUUGGACAAGUUGCUUCGCUACGACCACCAGGAAAGACUCACGGCCAGAGAAGCCAUGGACCACCCCUACUUCUAUCCAAUCGUCAAGGAUCGAAUGCCGAUGCACUCAAGUUCGCCUACUCCAAUGGCAGGACCAGUGGCUUCGGGAGAGUAAACCUCGACUCGUACCUAAAGUUUCGAAGAACCAGCUGGAGUUGAAGAAACAACUUCUCUAUGAACCAAGAUGAUUGAUUCCCUUCAUUCUGCUUGCCAAGGCAUACUUUUGUUUCAAACUACCCAUCAAUCAACCAACAAAGCGAGACAGACGGCAGCGUUUUAAACUGAGAUAUGGCAAAGACUGGCAUUGAUUCUGCUUUAAAAGAGUGUGUUUUCUCCACUCGACACAGACACACGUUCGCGUGACUGUGCCAAGUGGACCUAGUGAGACUCACAGUUUGAGACUCGAGUGAAACUCUGUGCAUUCAAAUGCAUCAGUCCCAGAUGAUGAUUGUUCCAAGGCCAAUAUCCAUCAUAGAGAAGCAUCAGCCUCAUUGGGCUUCAAUUUUCGUUAGGUUACAGGUCAUGGAGUCCAUUCGCAUAUAUCCUGGAAAAACGAACUCUUACAAAAAUAAGUCAAAUUUGACAAGUUAUUAUUGUACUUGCAGUUAUUAUACUAAUUCAAUUACCUCCCUAUUUAUCUUGAGCACUGUUGAAAAUUGCUUUGUUUGUAUGGAAAAAUCAUGUAAUGUGCUAGUAAUUACAAAUCGUAAAUGAGGAAACUUGAUAAAAUACAAAACAGUUAAGUGUAUGGAAGAACUUUUUUUAUUUUUCGGUUGUACGCUCGUAACACUCAUUUUAACUUGACCUUGAUCCUGCGUCAUGGGAUUUUGUGUUACUUGUACAAUAUUAAACAAUUUUCUUUUUAUUAAAUUAAGGCAUAAAUAAUACAAA